CGUGUAACGCCGACAGUAGUUUCUGUCCGAUUUCACUUCAGAGUCCAGCUGUGAAAACGUGCAGCGGUUAUCUCCAGCAUGGGGUUAGAAGCCUGGUACAUGGACAGCUCUGAUGAAGACCAGAGAAAGCCGCACAGACUGAACCCAAAUCAGCCCGUGUCCCUGGAGGAGUUAAAGAAGCUGGGGGUGUUUCACUGGAAGCUGAAUGCUGAUAUCUAUGAAACAGAUCCAGAGCUGGAGCAGAUCCGUAAAGACCAAGGCUACUCCUAUAUGGACAUUAUCACCAUUCACAAGGACACACUACCUAACUAUGAGGAAAAGCUGAAGACAUUCUUUGCGGAGCACCUGCACUUGGAUGACGAGAUCCGCUACAUCCUUGACGGCCGGGCCUACUUCGACGUCAGGGACAAGGACGAGCGGUGGAUCCGAAUUGCCAUGAGCAAAGGGGACCUGAUCACCUUGCCGGCCGGCAUCUACCACCGCUUCACCCUGGACGAGACUAACUACACUAAAGCCAUGAGGCUGUUUGUGGGGGAGCCUGUGUGGAAAGCUUACAACCGGCCCGCCGAUGACUUUGACAUCCGCAAGAACUACAUCGCGUCACUGCAGGGAUCCUGGGAGAGAGAGCGGGAGAGAGAGAGAGAGAGAGAGAGAGAGAGAGAGAGAGAGAGAGAGAGAGAGAGAGAGAGAGAGAGAGAGAGAGAGAGAGAGAGAGGGGAGGGGGGGGGUGAUUCCCUAUGACCACUGCUUCCACUAGAACCAGGGCCUCUAAUAUGAUUCUGUAGAGACAAUGAAGUAGGUUUACAGUUAGAAUGUUGAGACACACAUUGUGGAGAUCUCCUGUAGCACAUCAGGCAUUAUGCACUAAGAUGCCUUUUGGUGAACGAAAUCUCAGAGGUGGAAUUUCAGUAAGUACAUUUACUCAAAGGUACAAGUCUUUUCAUUUCAUCCUAAUUAACACUUCUAGAUUUAAUUUACCAGUUAGAUUUAGAUUCUACAGACUGACGUAACUGACCAUAUAAAGUAUCUAAAAUUAGCAUCCUGUCAACAAAAUAUAUCUCUAAAUAUAUUAUUUUAAAAGGGGCCAUGCUGCACUUUGUACUUUGACUUUUGAUUCCUAAGCAUAAUUAAUAUGUAUGUUAACUUAAGUAAAAGUUUGAUUGCAGGAUGGAGCAUCACUUACACAGGGUCUGAAUACUGUUACACCACAGGACAAUCUGUAGUGCCUUAUUCUCUUAAAUCAGCUGUAUUUGAUCUUAGGUGCUCUCAGACUUAUCCUCAACAACAUGCUGAAAUAUGCAACUAAUACACGCUAUUUUCUAAUUUCAUACUCAGAUCUCUCUGAAUCAAGUUAGAGAUGUUAGCGGUCUGUGCUAAUGGGGUUGAGUGUUUCUGACAUAUUCAUACAAAUUGUCUGUUGUAUGGAAAAUAAAGCUGCUUCUAUUUUCAA